CCGGACUGGUAUCGUCUGUGCUAAUUUCUUUUAGGGCCGGUAGCUUGUUCUCUUUGUCUCCAGAGUCUUUUGCUGCCGUUCCUUUAACCAUGACGGAAGUGGCGAGCUCAGUGGUGCACGAAGUGCUCGGCCGCCGAGCAGAAGAUGUGGAUCAGCCAAUCAUUGACUACAUCAUCAACGUCCUUGCUGACGAGGACUUCGACUUCGGCGAUGACGGAGACGGCGCCUUCGAAGCAAUUGGCGAACUCCUCGUCGCCGCUGACUGCGUAACCGACUUUGCUGAGUGCCGCAAGGUUUGUAGCACACUGUGUGAAAAAUUUGGAAAGCAUGGUUUGGUGAAAGCAAAGCCCACUGUACGGAGUCUUGCAACGCCUUUCAGGAUGAAUGAAGGAAUGGAUGAAGAAGCUCCAAAGAAGAAACCAGAGCCAACUGAUGGUCCCCUUCUAUCUGAGCGAGAUAAAGCAAAGAUAGAAAGGAGAAAGAGGAAGGAGGAGCGCCAAAGAGAGCAAGAAUACCAAAUGCAUUUAGCAGAAAUGGAAGCAGCAAGAGCAGGGAUGCCAGUUGUCUGUGUGAAUCAUGACACUGUUGGAUCAGCUGUUAGGGAUCUUCACAUGGAGAACUUCAGUAUUUCUGUGGGUGGCCGUGAUCUGAUUGUAGAUGGAACAGUCACACUCUCAUUUGGGAGGCAUUAUGGCCUUGUUGGAAGAAAUGGCACAGGGAAGACAACUUUUCUCAGGUACAUGGCCAUGCAUGCCAUUGAUGGAAUUCCUCCAAACUGCCAAAUAUUACAUGUUGAGCAAGAAGUAGUUGGGGAUGACAUAACAGCAUUGCAAUGUGUUCUUAACUCUGACAUUGAAAGAACCCAGCUUUUGGAAGAAGAAGCCCAUUUGCUUGCACAACAGAGAGAAUUUGAGUUUGAAGAAACAAAUGUGAAGAACGGAGCAGAUCUAAAUACAGCGCCUGAUAAAGAUGCUAUUUCCCAAAGGCUUGAGGAAAUAUACAAGAGGCUUGAGGCCAUUGAUGCAUAUUCUGCAGAGGCUCGGGCAGCUUCCAUUCUCGCGGGUCUCAGCUUCUCUCCAGAAAUGCAGCGGAAGGCUACAAAAACAUUUUCUGGAGGAUGGAGAAUGAGGAUUGCUCUUGCUCGUGCACUGUUUAUCGAGCCUGAUUUGUUGCUCCUUGAUGAACCUACAAACCAUCUUGAUCUUCAUGCUGUCUUAUGGCUGGAAUCUUACCUAGUGAAAUGGCCUAAAACCUGUAUAGUCGUUUCUCAUGCUAGAGAAUUCUUGAACACAGUUGUCACUGAUAUUAUUCACUUACAAGGGCAAAAACUGAUUACCUACAAAGGGAAUUAUGAUACCUUUGAGAGGACACGGGAGGAACAGAUUAAGAACCAGCAGAAAGCAUUUGAGGCAAAUGAACGAUCUAGAUCCCACAUGCAGGCUUUCAUUGACAAGUUCCGAUAUAAUGCAAAGAGGGCAUCACUUGUCCAGUCAAGAAUUAAGGUGACUGCUAUCAUUGUUUUAUUUGAUCUUAUGUACAGUUGAAAAAAUUUUUUUUGGCUGAUGUAGGUUACUAGAUACACCUGAGGUCAUUAUUUUUGUUUGUUUGUUUGUU